GAUCGAAGCAAAAGCUUUACCCCGUUACUUGCUGUUGUAUUGCACGCGUCGAGUGCUCACCGCGACCACCUCUUGAAUCCGAGCCUCGGUCGAUAUCCUCGUGUUGGGCCACAGCGAUGGCGCCGACGGACCCUCCUAUUGGUGCCGUGGUCGAAAUUCCCGCGGGUCGAGGAUUUGUUCGCUUUUGUGGCCCGACCUCCUUCUCUGCCGGCAAAUGGGUUGGCGUCGAACUGGAAGAGCCAACGGGAAAGAAUGACGGCACUGUGCAGGGUGUCCGGUAUUUCACUUGUAAGAUACUGCACGGUAUGUUUGUGCGUCCGAGUCAGGUCAAAGCUAUCCUCUCUGUGCCAGAGCCUACACCGGCACCGCCAACAACGCUAGGUCAUCAACGUACAGGAAGCACAGGUCUUUCACGCACGAACACUUCGCGCUCGAUUGGUUCUGCACGUGCUAACAGCCCGUCCAAGACGUCUAGCGCAAGUGUAAGCCCGAACCCUUCUACGGGUCUCGCCUCACCAUCCCGUGCAAAAAUUAGUGCUGGUGCUUCUCCUGCAAGACGGCGGCCCUCAGUAUCUCUACAGCAGCGCACUGUUGCGCGCCGGUCAUCUGUCAUCUCUGACGCACCUCCUGGUCCUUCGAAGCAACGAAGCACAGAUGCUUUCCCGCAAGACCGUGUGCACAAGCUGGAACCCCCAGCUGUAUCUCAGUCUCCUCCAACACUAUCCGUCCUUGCGUCUUCACCUCUCCAACAAUCGCAUCUGCGACGCGUUGCAACCCCUCCUCCCCCACCAUCUCCCGAACCUGGCGAAGAUUUGCCUCCGACGCGCUCCAGUACGCCUCCACAGCAACCCUCACUAGACGACACAGAGCUACAAGAACUACGUGCGAAGAUACGCGUCUUCGAGAUCAAGCGUGCAGACGACACGCGCCAUAUCCGUGAACUCGAAACUCGCCUGAACGAAGCCGAAUCCUUCGUCGCCCUUCGACCCAAAUUGCAAGCGAAGCUCAAUCAACUCCAGACCGAGCUCAUUGCGACCAAACGCGAACUAGCAGAUGCUCAACAACUGUCCCAGCUCUCCGACAGUCGUGUUGGGGAUUGGCAAGAACAGCUGGAAAUGGCGAUGUUGGACAAGGAGGUUGCCGAAGAACGUGCCGAGGCUGCAGAAUCCGAAGUUGAGGAACUCAAGGAGCAAUUUGCCAUCGUUCAGGUCGAGCUGCAGCACCUACGAGAGGGUGGCACGGGAGAAGAUGGCAAUGAGACCAUUAAACACGCACUUCCUUACAUCCAGCUUGAAAAGCAGAAUGAAAGGUUGAAGGAAGCUCUCAUAAAGCUGCGGGACAUUUCCCAGGAAACUGACCAAGAGCAAAGACGACGCAUUUCAGAAAUGGAGAAAGAUGUAGCUGAGUUCGAAGAGUUGCAGUCGCAAUACGAGUCUACGCUUAUCAAACUUGCUAACGCCGAGGUUCAAAUUGACGAUCUCAAAGCGCAGCUUGACGAUGCUCUGGGUGCUGAAGAGAUGCUUGUGCAGCUUACUGAACGCAAUCUUAUGCUUGGAGAGAAAAUCGAGGAGAUGCGCGUCACCAUCGAGGACCUCGAAGCUCUUAAAGAACUCAAUGACGAGCUCGAAGAGAAUCAUAUUGAGACCGAGAAAACUAUGCAAGAAGAUCUCAAUGGAAAGGACGUUGAGAUUCGCGAACAGGCUCGCAAGAUCCAGGUGCUUGAAGACGCGUGCCAGGACCUUGAGGGUACUAUUGUUCAAUUCCGUGAGCUGGUCAUGCAGCUGCAGAACGAGCUCGAUGCUUUACGCGCCGAGACACAGACUGCGCAACACGAGUCGGCGACGGCUGUGUCACAGACCGCCGCCAUGAUGUCGCUCAACCUCAGGCUGCAAUCUUCUGCGUCGAAGAAUCAGGCCCGGGCUAUUGAACUCGAGCUUAGACGCAUCGAAGCCAAAGAGACACGGGAGAUGCUCGAUAUUAUCCAACCUUACCUCCCGCAGAUUUACGUCGAGACCGACAUGGAUGCGACGAACACUUACAUCUUCUUCCAGCGCCUUGCUGCUAAGAUAGACCUCAUCAACACUUUCGUUGCACAAGCGCACAACUUGCCAGAUGCUCUCACUGGAUCUGUGUCCGAAGCACUCGUCGGUAUUUGCGAGUUACGUGGCCGUCUUUCGAAUCUAUCUAUCACCUGCCAACGCUUUGCGGCUACUCUACGUCGUUGUGACGUCGAGUCAUUCUUGAAUAUUGGCCGCAUAUACCCAGAUGUCGCGCCGAUGGAAAAGCGGAUCGAUAUGCACAUCGAUUUACUCCGUCGUGAAGAGUUCCGCGCGUAUGAAUGUGUCAGCGAUGCAGCGAAGUUGCAGUCGCAAUUUGACCACUUGGUCGAGACAUAUUUCAACGGCUUCGACUUCGACCUUGGUGAGCGCGAGCUUGGCUAUACACUGUCGUGUGACUACGACUUGGAAAUGUUCUCUGCCUCUGUGGGCCUCAUUAAGACCGCAAUCACGGGCAUCAUGGAAGACGACCAAGAGGUCGAUCUUGACGGCAUAGAUUCGCAAGCCGAGUUCUUUGAACCAUUGCAGAAGCUCCUCGACCAAUGCAGGGCAACGAAAGUUUUGACAAGGAAACUUGCUAAGCGCCUCGAAGAUCUCAUCGGUGAUUCAGCUGCCGCCAAGGCGCACCUGGUACCUCAACUGAAGUCGCUCAGUGAGAAUGUGCCGGAGCUCGUCAACUUCGGCUUCUCCCUUGCUCAGCAGGUCAUGCCCCACCUCAAUGAGGUCCGCAGCUCCAAGACGGCGUUCAAGCUUGCUGCUGUCUUGGAAUUCGUUAGCAAGUGCGCUGCGUCCACAAUUGGGAAGGGUAACAGGGACGGGCCGGCUCCGUGGCACGCUGUCGGAGAGUUCUUUACGAAGGUUGGUCAGGAGGUCAACACGCUCAUCCAGGCGGCGAGCGAGAAUGAAAACAUUCAGAAGAUUUCCGGCAUUGCGCCCUGGAUCACACGCAUUCCCGAGAUCAAGUCUGCUACCGCUGUCAAUGUCGAGGCUGAACGCAAGCUUGCACAGCUCAACGAUGAGAUGCAGGCGCUCGUUCGCACACUCAAGGCCAAGGAUCAACAUAUUCAGGAGAGCGGCGUCAAGAUCGAGCUUAUGGAGCGCCGUAUGGAGGGCGUCAAAAAGCAAGGCGAGAUGAUUUCUAACCUCGAGUCUGAACUCCAGAAGGCACGCAAGCAGGAGCGCGCGUACGAAGAGGCGAUGGAGCAGCUGCAGUCCGAUCUAGACGCGCUUGAGCAGGAUAAUAAGAAGCUCAAGACUGCCGCGAGUACUGUCGAGCGACAAGCCACUCCUGGAGUGCAGCCCGCCGAGACAGAAAACAUUCAGGUCGAAAGUAGUCUCGAGACAUCGUAUCUGCUGGAACAGAUCGAUGCUCUGCGUCGUACCCUGCGCUUUCUCCGUACGGAGAACUCUUUCCUCAAGGGGCAGGAUCUCCUGCGCGAGAUUGAGGCUCUUCCCAAGCUGCCCGUCCCCAUCCCUCGGGAAUCUACGCCACCUCUUGUUCCUUCGGGCCAGUCCGACACGGAUGACUCAGACUCCGAAGACCCUGGGAAGCCACUUUCCCUCACCACCCUAGCCGCCGAGUCGAAACUGCUGUACCGCGAGGUUUUCAAGUUCACCGCCUCUCCGAAGGUCGUCGACAUCACGUCACGAGCUAAUAGAGAUGGCCUCAGCCGAGCAUGGGUUCCGAAGAAGAAGACACCUGCGUAUCAGGUGUGGGAGCGCCGAAUGGAGGGCGAGAGGCUCAGCCGCCGCGUGAAAGGCUUGCUUGAGCGGACAAACAACAUACAGGCUGCAGUCACCCGGUAGCCUGUUUCUCGGAGAGCUGUUUCUUGGGGUGGGAUCGAUUCACACAUUUUCUCUGUUAGACGCAUCUAUCUUACUUGAUUCCUCUGUAUUGCAUUAUCGUAUACCCCUCAUAGGCCUAUGUUUUCAUUAUCGUGCCCGUUCAUAGCCAUGCACUGAUCUACUUUAACCCUGAAAGCAUACCAUUAGUCUUUGUCGGUGAGUCCAUAUUCGUUGUGGAUCUGUCGUAUAGUGACUCCCCUGUGAGCAGCGAGCUAGAGCCGAGGGGUCAGAUUGCUGUCUGUAUCUGGUGGGAUUUCCACUCUUACGCGUCCAAUGAGGAUCUUUGUGGCCCGAAGUUGAAUGCACGGCUACGCAAGACGGGUAUAUGCAUCUCACCUGGGCCGCAUCUUUCGCUUCGUUGUAGCUAUGCAGCAGCUUGAUGUGCUUCGAGACUAUCAUAUCCACGUCCUCGUCGGCCCUGCAAAAUUAUAUUAACAUAUUCAAGCGCAUAUACGCUAGCGUUGCCUACUUCAGAGUGGCUUGUAGCUCAAUGAUCUCUUGCUGAAGCGCGGCGAUGCGCUCCUGUUGUUUCUA